UGUGUAUGUGUUUUACUUACCUGUAGCUAUGCAUGAAAGAAGCCGUAUGCGUACUAUAAACAAAGAUGUGCGAGAGCACACCUGUCAGUCGCUCAGGUGAACUCAGGGAAAACAGCCUAAUGCCUAAAGUGGUGAUGGCUCGUUUAGAUUUGAACUUCCUACUGAUGUUGUCUGUGCUGGUAGGGGUCACAGAAGUUUCUCUGGGACACUUCAGCCACCAAGGAGCCACGGCCCCUGGAGACAUCAUCAUUGGAGGUCUUUUCCCCUUCCAUGAGGCAGUGGAGGCAGUGAACUACACAGGCUCAAACAACUACGCUUCUCUGCGUCCAAACUGCAGCAGAUACUACACAAAAGGUCUAAAUCAGGCGCUAGCUAUGAUUCAUGCUGUGAAAAUGGCAAACAGAUCCCCGAUGUUAACCAGUUUGAACAUUACUCUUGGAUAUCACAUCUACGACACAUGUUCUGAUGUCACGACUGCACUUUGGGCCGUCCAGGAUCUCUCACAGCCGUUCUCAAACUGUAAUUCACAAACAAACUCUUCCCAAAGUGUCCAGCCGAUAAUGGCAGUAAUUGAGUCCUCUUCUUCUGAGAUCUCCAUCGCAAUUGCCAGGAUACUCAACCUUAUGCUGAUUCCACAGAUAAGUUAUGCAGCUACAGCUACAAUUCUGAGUGACAAAAGUCGUUUCCCUGCUUUCAUGAGGACUGUCCCGAGUGAUGAAUACCAAACCCAUGCCAUGGUACAACUUCUGAAGGAGAACGAAUGGACCUGGGUUGGCAUUAUCAUUACAGAUGGAGACUAUGGCCGUUUUGCCCUGGAAAGUUUCAUUAACCACACCGAAACUCAAGGAAUUUGUGUGGCCUUUAAAGCGAUUCUACCAGACUCACUAGCAGACCAACAAAGAUUAAACACCUACAUCAACAAGACUGUGGACAUGAUUAAAAAAACCCCAAAGGUUAAUGUGGUGGUCUCAUUUGCUAAAUCAUCUCAAAUGAAGCUGCUAUUUCAGGGCCUGCAAAGUAGGAACGUUUCAGAUAAAAAGGUAUGGGUGGCCAGCGAUAACUGGUCAACCAAUAAAGACAUUCUGAAAGACGUAAACCUCUCAGAUAUCGGAACUGUACUGGGCUUCACCUUCAAGAGUGGAAAUGUUACAGCUUUUAAUCAGUACCUUAAUGAACUACAGUUUGAAAGUGAAGCCAUCAUGAACAGUUCAUUCAUGGAGGAAUUUUUAAAAAAUCCUGAUAUAGGAAAUGGAAAUGCUACAAAAGCAGCAGAGAAUCUGAUCAAAAACACAUAUUCAGACAUGGUCUUCAGCGUUCAAAUGGCAGUCAGUGCUAUUGCUAAUGCCGUGGCUAAAUUAUGUGUAAAUGGAAAAUGCAAGACCCCUUCAGAUAUUCAACCCUGGGAGCUCCUUAAACAGCUGAGGAAUGUCACUUUUGAGAAAGAGGAAGUGAUGUACAAUUUCGACGCAAACGGCGACAUUAAUUUGGGCUAUGAUAUCUACCUAUGGGAUGAACGUGAAUCUGAAGGACAUGAUGUAGUAGCAGAAUAUUAUCCAUGUAACAACAGUUUUACUUUUACAAGGAAGAAUCUGAGUGAUAUUAAGAACGUUGUAUCUAAGUGUUCAGACACCUGUCAGCCAGGGGAGUACAAGAAAACAGCAGAGGGUCAACACACUUGCUGUUAUGAGUGUCUCGCCUGCGCUGAAAACCACUACUCCAAUCACACAGAUGCAGACGCAUGUUCCAAGUGCGACACUGAGCACAUGUGGUCAGACACUAAUAGCUCACAAUGUUAUCCCAAGAUUUAUGAGUACUUUGAGUGGACGAGCGGGUUCGCUAUCGUCCUGUUGACCCUGGCUGCCCUCGGCAUCGUCCUCCUCUUCUCGAUUUCCGCACUGUUCUUCUGGCAAAGGGAGUCUCUGGUGGUAAAGGCUGCAGGUGGACCGCUUUGCCAUCUGAUCCUUUUCUCCCUGCUGGGGAGUUUCAUCAGUGUCAUUUUCUUUGUGGGUGAGCCAAGCAAUGAGAUGUGUCAGGUGAGGCAGGUCACCUUUGGCCUGAGCUUCACGCUGUGCGUCUCAUGCAUCUUGGUGAAGUCUUUGAAGAUCCUUCUGGCGUUCCAGAUGAACCUAGAGCUGAAGGAGCUUCUGCGCAAGCUCUACAAGCCGUAUGUGAUCGUCUGCAUCUGCAUGGGGCUUCAGGUCAUCAUUUGCACUAUUUGGCUGACCUUGUACAGUCCUUAUAAAAACAAAGUGGUGCAGCCCAAAUCCAUCCUCCUGGAAUGCAGUGAGGGCUCAAAUGUGAUGUUUGGGUUAAUGCUGGGAUACACAGCUCUGCUGGCGCUGAUAUGUUUCACGUUUGCUUAUAAAGGCAGAAAACUUCCACAGAAGUAUAACGAGGCCAAGUUCAUCACAUUCGGUAUGCUUAUCUACCUCAUGGCCUGGGUCAUCUUCAUCCCAGUGCAUCUCACUACCAGCGGCAAAUAUGUACCGGCUGUGGAGGUGGUUGUUAUUCUCAUUUCAAACUAUGGGAUCCUGAGCUGCCACUUUUUGCCAAAAUGUUACAUAAUUAUUUUCAAAAAGGAGCAUAAUACCAAAGAUGCAUUCCUGAACAGUGUUUAUGAAUACGCCAGAAAGAGCGCUGAGAACAUCAAGGGCGUGACUGGAACUGAUCCACAAAGUAAAACUGAGAAUUCAGCCUACAUCAUAUCCAAUCCGUCACUUGUGCCUGAGGGGGAACAAGUUUCUGUACCAAAAAUAGAUAACGUGGCUUAAAAUAGUACUAAUAAUAAUUUGAAGCAAGAAUUUGAGAUGUUGAGUCAAAGCAACCACUCUGGUUACAUUUUGUCUUUUUAACUUAAAUAGUUUUGUAUUUCACAUAUGUGACUUUGGACCGCAAAACCAGUCAUAAGCUGCAAGGGUAUAUUUGUAGCAACAGUCAACAAUACAUUGUAUGGGUCAAAACGACCGAUUUUUCUUUUAUGUCAAAAAUCAUUACGAUAUUAAGUAAAAGUCAUUUUGAAAAUUAUUUUUUGAUUAGUAAUAAGCAUUGCUAAGAACUUCAUUUAGACAACUUUAAAGGUGAUUUUCUCAAAAUUUCAUUUUUUUUAUGCACCCUCAGAUUCCAGGUUUUAAAUAGUUGUAUCUCAGCCAAAUAUUGUCCUAUCCUAGCAAACCAAAUAUCAAUGGAAAGCUUAUUUAUUUAGCUAAAUAGAUAAAUCAGAUAAAUCUCAAUUUAAAAAAACUGUCCCUUAUUAAUGGUUUUGUGGUUUUUCAGGAUUACAUAUAAUUAUCUUUUAAGAUGUGCAAGUAAUACCAAACUUUAUGAUGAUUUAUCUGAAUAAUUAAUACUUCCAUUUAAUUGUGGAAAACAAAUAAAAUGUAUAUUUAUGUAUAAAUGUAUUUGUAAAAUAUGUAUAAAUAAAAUAUGUAUAAAUUGUUGAAUUGUAGCAAUGUUAGUAUAAUAUUUAGCUUGUUAAAAUGAAGUAUUGCGUUAUCCCAAAUUAACAAUAAACAGCAAUUCUUUCAACAUGAACUUCAUUCAACUUUAUGAAGUUUUUAUUACAUUAAAAUAAAGGUUAUUAUAAUAAUAUAAAAUAUAAAAUAUAAAAUAUUUAAUACAUAUAUUUACUUUUAAAUAUUAUUAUUGAUAUUAAAUUAUUUUUUAGC